AUGAUGGUUAAGGUCGUUCAGACGAAUAGGGAGCAGGAUCGUCCUGCAGCUGAGUUGGUGCAUAUCCGAUUUGAAGCUGAGAAUUGGAUCGGGGAGAUUGAGAAGAUUCUAGAUUUCCUGAACUGCACUGAGAGGCAUAAAGUGGCCUUCACAAUGUUCAAGUUGUCGGGCGAAGUGAAGAGAUGGUGGAAGUCUAUGAAGAUGCUUGAGGAGCAUCGACCCAUUCCAGUGGCGUUAUCGUGGACCCGUUUUAGAGAGUUAUUCUUUGAACGGUACUUCCAGACCACGAUUAGGAAUGCAAAGAUUGAGGAGUUUAUAAGUCUGGAGCAGGGGCAGCUAACAAUUCAGCAGUACGCCACCAGUUUCCAGGAGCUAUCCCGUUUUGCUCCAUUCAUGAUUCCGGACGAGGCAAUGAAGGCCUGGAAAUUUCAGAGGGGCCUAAAGAAGGAGAUUCACAAGCAGACUACGAUCUGGAAGAUGCCAAACUUUUUACUCUGGUUGACAAAGCCACCGUAG